AACGUGCCUCUACCGGCACAUGCAGUGAACGGCAAGCUGUAUAUUUCUGCACGUCAAACUGCGCCGUAGUAGUGUAAAGAAGCUGGCGGGAGAUUAGUUAGUCUAACGUGUGGAUUAAUGGUAUCUAUAUGUAAAAUAAAUUUCAAUAAUCCUAUUAUAUUGGUUCCUAAGUGAAAUGUUUUGUGAUCUGUAAGGAUUAGGAAGAAACAGGCUUGUUUUGAGUUCCAGUAGAGAUGACAUACCCAGCGACAUGAUCAUCUUCCCUUGCACGUUGCGGUUUAUAGCAUUGAGUAUUGGGAGGUCGGUUCCCAGCCUCCGCGGUAAACACUGGUCAUUCUGUCAGACACGAUCGCGACGUAGCGGCAGUGCGGGAGUUUCUUCUUAUCUUUUGGAGACUUCUAAGCAACAGUUGCAAAAAUACAGGGACCAAGAGCGUUGUUUCAAGAGGGAAGUAAGGGAUGCGUACCAGAGGUUUUCAGAAGUUCCCGAUAACACUGUGAUUCAGGGACGACAUCAUGUAUACUUUGAAGAAGGAGGAAACAUUUACAGAAUGCGAAUUGGACAGGGUGGCCAGGAUGUGCAAGACAUUCUGGAUACCUCCAGUGGGGGGUGUCUGCAGCGUGUUCGCCUCUCCCCUGGGGAGCAUGCCCUGGCCGCCACCGUGAAGGACUCUGGGAGUGAGGAAGCCAAAUGCCUCGUCUUAAGGCUGGGAGAUCCUCCUGACCCUCCCCGACUGCUGCUCCAGCUCGAUGGUGUCUUCAGCUUUGAGUGGGCCUCUGAUGACGUCCUGUUCUUCACCAGCAUGGAGGACCUCAGGAGUUGCCGGGUCUUCCGCCUGGACUUGAGGAAACCAAAGCCACAGGCUGUCCUGGUGUAUGAGGAACGAGACCCUGAAUUCUUUGUGGAGGUCAGCUGCACCAGAGACCACAAUUUGGUCACGUUGAACUGCAACAAUAAAAGUACUUCGGAGGUGUGGCUUGUUGAGGCUGAUGCGCCCCUGGCAUGUCCCAGGCUCAUCCAGCCAAGGAUCUCCGGCCUGAUCUAUCACGUGGAGCACACAGGCAAGCAGCUAUACAUCCUCGCUAACACCGCACCAGGCCAGGAGUACCAGGUGCUGAGCGCUCCCUUGGCCUCACCGGGCAUGGAGAGUUGGGUGCCCGUGUUCACUCCAGAUGUCGGGACAGGCCUGAAGGACAUGGAGGUGGUCCAGGACCACUGCGUUUUGGCUGUCCGCACCCCUGCUGGCCCACUUGGGCUGCAGGUGGUCCCGUUGGCCGACCCAUCCCAGGUCUACACUGUGCAGCUCCCCCUAUGGGCAUGUGAGUUUGAGUCCCGCCCCUGCCUGGGAUUGGACAGCCCCGCGUUCCAGUUUAGCCUCUCUUCCCCGGUGCAGCCGCCCCUCCAAUUCUCAUACUGCCUGAGGGAGCGGCAGCUAUUUGUGGAGGAGGCCACGGCUGGGCCCCCCCUCCUGGAGCACCAUACUGCUCGGCUGGAGGCCCGCAGCCAGGAUGGCACGCUGGUCCCAAUGACGGUGUUCCACAGAGCUCCCUGGGGCAACCUGAAGGGGGCGCCACUGCUGCUGCAUGUGUAUGGGGCUUAUGGCCUACACCUCAACAUGGCUUUCUGCCCGGAGAAGCGGCUGCUGCUAGAAGACGGCUGGGUCCUGGCCUACUGUCACGUUCGAGGUGGAGGGGAGCAUGGCCUAGGGUGGCAUCAGGCAGGCAGUUUCCUGCAGAAACACAAGGGCCUAGAGGACCUGGCCUCCUGCAUCCACCACCUCUAUCAGCUGGGUGUUUCCCAACCGGCGCUGGCCAACCUUUCCACCCGCAGUGCCGGAGCCGUCCUAGCGGGGGCGCUGUGCAACCAGUAUCCUGAGCUGCUGCGGACUGUUAGUCUGCAGGCGCCCUUUCUGGACGUCCUGGGCACCAUGCAGGACCCCAACCUUCCCCUGACCAUCGAGGACAGAGGAGAGUGGGGCGACCCCUUGGCCGACACCCACCAGCGUGACACUGUGGCCUCCUAUUGCCCAUGUCACAACAUCAAGCCCCAGCGGUACCCAUCCAUGCUGAUCACGGCCUACGAGGGUGACAGGAGGGUGCCCUUGGAGGGGGUGCUGAGGUAUGCAGAGAGGCUGGUGGCAGCAGCACACGCUGACAUUGGAGGUGCCACCACACCAGGGUCAAAAACUCCGCCAUCUGUCAUUCUGGACCUGCAGCCUGGAGGAGAUCAUUUCGGGCCAGACGACUUGGAGGUGUCACUGAAUGAGACUGCCAGGCAGCUUGCAUUCCUCUACGGUGAGCUAGGCUUGGACCGUGGCAGACACAAGGACUAACAGCAGCCUGAGGUGUAUAUAUGUAUAUGUGUGUGUGUGUGUGUGUGUGUGUGUGUGUGUGUGUAUUGCUCCUCACACAGACCAUGCUGCAGCACUUGUUAAUCUAACUUGAGAUCGAGCAAUACAUGAAUAAUAAUUAAAAAAUAAAAAACAAGAUGAAUAUUGAA